CCAAAAACAUUCUCGGUGAAUCUUUGGACGAUUAAAUAGACAUGUAACAUCGUCAUUCCAUAAAGAUCUGGUAUAUAAAUGGAUGUACUCAGCGAUUUCUGGAUGAGUUGUAUCAUCUGGAAAUAAGAAAAUGAGGUCUUAUUUUCUGUUAAUGGUUUUUAUUCCGGCAUCAGCGCUCAUAGUUGAAGAUGUAUUCCCACCAAGUUUAGAAGAAUGCUACGCUAGACAAAUUGAAAGAAACAGUACUGCAUAUGAUGUUCAAACGAGCUGUUUAGAAUUUUUUUUGGCACAGAUGUACAGAAAUACAAGCUCAAUAUGUUUAGGGAAGGAUGCCUUUGAAUGGCUAGAUUCGCUCGGCAGGAAAUUACAUAUUCGACUGAGACGACAAACACGGUAUAGAUUGCGUGAAAGGAAGGAAAUAAGAACACUAAGUGAAAAUGAAUUGAACAAUUUUUUUGACGCAGUAAAUGCCAUGAAGAAAGACAAGUCGGUUUCACCAAACAAGUAUGACUCGUUUGCGAUUAUGCACCAAGGAGGCGCCGGAGUUUCGGCACAUAAUGGUCCAAACUUUGUGAGCUGGCAUAGAUAUUUUCUGGUAUUAUUCGAAAAUGCACUUCGAGAAAAAAGGAGUCGUGUGACUCUUCCAUACUGGGAUUCAAGAGCUGAUCAUUUAAUGGACAAAAAAGAGGAUUCUAUCAUAUUUACUGAAAUAUUUUUAGGAAACCCAAAAGGUGUUGUUUAUUCUGGUCCAUUUGCAUUUUGGGAAACUCCAACAAAACCGAGUACGUUGUUAAGACGUGAUGUAGGAAGAUUUGGGUUUCCUAUUGAUCCAGAGAGGUUGAAAACAGUCUUUACUAAAAGAUAUCACAGGGAAAUUCUGCGACCAACAACUCCAGAUAGUAGUUAUGCAAAUUUAGAGUCACAUCAUGAUAAUGUUCACGGUUGGGUCGGAGGAAAUGACGGCCAUAUGUCAGACGUAGAUUUAAGUCCCAUGGACCCAGUUUUCUACCUCCAUCACUGUUUCGUAGAUUACCUUUGGGAAAAAUUCAGAGAACGCCAGAAAAAAUUAGGAAUAAAUUCAGAAACAGACUACCCACCAACUACUAUACCAGGACACAUGCCAAAUAGACCUAUGGAUAAUUUGACACCACCAAAGACGAAUAUUGAGGGGUAUAGUAAUUCAUUUACAAAACGAAUUUACAGAUAUGCACCUGCCCCUACUUGUAGUAACAACUGCAGAGACGCCUUUAAAGGAUUUUUGUUCUGUGAUAAAAUUAAAAAAGGGUGUGUUUCCGGAUCAAGGUAUGAUUUUAUUCGAAAUGGAGGAUUAAAUCGAGUUAACAAUUAUUACCCAUCAAAGGCAAAAGGUAAACGGAGGAAGAUUCCUCCAUCUAUUAAAAACAUUAAAUCUUCGGAUCAACCAGCAAAAGUAUCGCAGUCAAUACAAGCAGAAGGGGGUUUACCUGACACAAAGAAUGGACGCAUUUCACCAUUUGAAAGUACAGAGAACAGUCAACUCACUCGAACCUCAACUGCUCCAACAAUUACAAAUAGAUUUAGAACGCACUUCGGUAGUCGUAGUUCAAGGGGUCGAAGAUCAACAGACUUCAGUUUAACAGGCAAUAAUCUCAAAAUUGGCUUUGAUAUAAAUUUUCGCCUGAGACAAGGAAAAAAGACUCCAUACCGCUUUGACAAUAUAGCAAUGUCCCCAAUAGCAAUAAUAAACAAACACAACAGGAAUCGGUACCCAGGACAAGAUGAAACUAAAACCCAAAGAACAUUUAACAUUACAUUUCAGACAGAAGGAUUCUCCUACAAUGGUCGACAUAUUGACUUUAUUUCUAUAGAUGAACGCACGCACAUGUCUCAAUCUCUUGGUUUUAUUAUGUUUGAGAAGCCGGUGUCUGGUGAAACGAAAGUCUACGUGCGAGUGUACGAUUCAAACGGUGAAAUAUGUCAACCCAGUUGUCUGGUAUCAGAAUCAUUGUAUAAGGAUUGUUCGGGGCUGAUCAAGAUCACGCCUGACUAUCCUCGUAUGUACUUUGACUCAUAUAAUGAGGCGUUUCAUUCAGAAAUAACACCGUUUCUGAAGUUCAUUUGUGUAAAUUAAUAUUAUAUUGCCCUUAUGAAAUGUCUUCCUUAGUGUCUCUUCAAAGAUGUUUUCAGGAAAAUAAUAAUCAAUUUGAUCAAA